AUGGUAUUACUGACUUGGAAACCCUUUUGGCGACGCCAGGAAAAGUCGACGAGCUUUUCACCGGUCUGAGCUACACCCGACUUCAGCUCAGCAUCCCGAAGUUUAAGAUCGAGACAACCUUGAACUUAAACCAACCUCUGAAGGACCUGGGCAUGGUCAAGGCUUUCAGUCCAGCGGGCGCUGACUUCACUGGUAUCAGCAGCUCAGGUCAGGUAUACAUCAGUCAGGUCAUCCACAAGGCCGUUAUUGACGUCACAGAAACCGGCACCGUUGCCGCUGCGGCAACAGUCAUCGGCAUCUCCGUCACUUCCGUGAUGCUCCCACCGGCGGAGUCCUUUGUGGCGGAUCACCCCUUCGUCUACUUCCUCAGAGACAACCAGUCCGGGCAGAUUUUAUUCCAGGGAAAAUUUUCCGGAUAAAUUAAUAAAUUGUUUAUUGAUUUUUCCUGAAA